AGUGAUCACCGACGAACACGGCAUCGAUCCAUCAGGGGCUUACCAUGGCGAUGAUGAGCUGCAGCUGCGCAGGAUCAACGUCUACUUCAACGAGGCAACAGGUCCCAUCCCAGCACUGUUACGGAAGGCAAUGUGAUGUUCAAACUACAAUCUGCUUUUAACGACCCGCCGCUCUUGCAAGUGCUCCUGUGUUGACGCGUGACUCAUUCGUCGCUCAUUACUGGCCCACUCCCACUCCAGCUCCCCUGCUCGGUUAUCUGAUGACGGUGGAUUGCAGGGGGCGGGGUGGCAGCCGCCGUAGCCCUUGAACGCCCGCCGCCAUUGGCUGGUGGGAUCCAUUUAAUCGUCCGUGACUACUACAGGGUCCACCCCCUCUGCACUCCUCCCCCCUCACUCUGCCGGUCCUGACAGCAUCCAAACACAGUCUGCUGCCUCUGCUCCAGGGAAAAUAUCAGCUCAGCACAGGGAGGAGAGGAUUAUCUCAUCUGCAUACAUGUUCCGGCGGAGCCACUUGAACACGAAAGGCAGCCUUUCUUUCACUGAAACAAAACUGUGACUUGCCAUAUCAGGACUCUUUUUCAUUUGGAAAAUUCUCCAUCACAAUGUCGUCUGCUGAGGACUUGGUUUGAGCAUCAGAGAGCGACUUCAUGUGAGUCGUGUUGACGGCUGAGCCUAGGAUGCCGUCCAAAGAGCCCUACGAGGCUCAGGAGGAGGACAAGUCCGUGGUGCACAGGGCCAACAAGCGAGAGGCCAACCAGGAGGAGAUUUUGGCAGCCGCUCUGGGGAUGAGGAUGGGGCCAGAGAAACCUUCGGCCACCUUCUGGCAGCCCCUUAAACUCUUCGCCUAUUCACAGCUCACCUCAUUGGUCCGGAGAGCCUCGCUAAAGGAAACCGACCGACCGCAAAGAUCGGAGAAAGUCCAUAACUUCAAGGUCCACACCUUCCGCGGGCCUCACUGGUGUGACCACUGUGCCAACUUCAUGUGGGGGCUGAUGGCUCAAGGGGUCAAAUGUGCAGACUGCGGCGUGAACGUCCACAAGCAAUGUUCCUCUCUGGUCGCCAACAACUGCAAGCCCAGCCUGAGACACAUCCGCAAAGUGUACAGCUGCGACCUCAGCACCUUGGUGAAGGCUCACAACACGGCGCGGCCCAUGGUGGUGGACAUGUGCAUACGCGAGAUCGAGUCCAGAGGACUGAAGUCUGAAGGCCUCUACAGAAUAUCUGGAUUCAGCGACUCGGUGGAGGAAGUCAAGAUGGCGUUCGACAAAGGCGGAGAGAAGACAGAUAUCUCCAUGAAAGCCUACGAGGACAUCAACAUCAUCACAGGCGCGCUGAAGCUCUACCUUCGGGAUCUGCCCGUUCCCGUCAUCUCCUACGACGCUUACCCGAGGUUCAUGGAGGCUGCAAAGCUCGAAGACCCAGAGAAGAAGCUGGAAGCCUUCCGUGAGGCCCUGGCUCUGCUGCCCCAACCUCACAGCGAGACACUGAAGUACCUCAUGGCACACCUGAAAAGGGUGACCCAGCACGAGAAAUUCAACCUGAUGAACGCAGAGAACCUGGCCAUCGUGUUCGGGCCCACCCUCAUGCGCACCCCAAACCUGGACGCCAUGAGCGCCCUCAACGACAUCCGCCACCAGAGACAGGUGGUGGAGGUGCUCAUCAAACACGUGGACGCGCUCUUCUGAACCUCAGGUUUGCCCUCCGCUCCCGCUUUUUGCCCCAACACACCUUUUAAAACGGGGGGAGUCUUCUAACCGUGCAGCAGGUGCAGACCACCACCCGUCUCCGCUCUAUGCCUCCCCAUUUUUGUCGGGGGGUUUCCGUGCCGGGCUGACGGACCAGCAUGCAUCAGUGCUCUGUAUCUCAGCAUGUGCAAAGAUUGUCUGUCGCUGUGAUUUUGCCUUUUUGUCCGUGCGGUGCUAGAUCUAGUCCACCUCCCCACUCAGUCCACUUUGCCUGAAAAUAAGCCACUGCUUUUUUUUUUGGUUCGGCAGGAGACUUUUUACAAUGUCAUGUUUUUUGUUGUUUUUUAUUACCUAGUUUGUUGAUGGAACCUUCCAGACUUUCCUGGUGCAUUUUGUUGUACUCUUCGAUAGUAUUAUUUGUAAAUGGAUUUUGUACCGUCAAUAUUUGUACACGACUUGUGCAUGAUCAGUUUAAUUUAUUAAACCUGAUAAAAUGUU